AUGACGGACCCAGACCUCAACAAUAAGCUCGAUAGACUACUCACUCUAUUGGAAGCACAGCUAGAGCUUACCAGACAGGGUCAUCAAGAGGAACAAUUACAACGAGCUCAACUGAGCAGGGGGGAGACAAUGGACCUCUCUCACUCAGAAGACCAAGCAGGAGGAGGAGAUGAGUCUAUGAUAGGAGACCCACAUACUCCUACUCCAGCUCCACGACCAAGACAUUCAGUCUCAUUCAACCUGGAUGAGCAGGAGGACAUCAACUACGAGAAGUAUGCUUCACCUACUGGGCCAAGAUAUGUCAAGACUAAGGUGGACCCCUACAGCAGGACUAGGACGGACCCUUACCCCCUGGACCAUGAGGAGGAUACCAGCAUCAUGGCAGAGCUUAACCGGUCAAAGCCCAUCGCCACCCCCUUCCCAAAGUUCAAUCCCCGAGACAUGGAGAUCUUCAUUCUAGAAGCCGAAGCAUGGUUUAAGUUCAACCAGGUGUAUGAGCAGACUAGGAUGAUCAACCACAUGGGUGCUCAACUGGAAGGGACAGCAAGAGAGUGGUGGACCUCCAAGCUCCGUAUUGAUAGAGCUAGAGAAGGAAGGUUGUUCAAUGAUUGGCACUACUUCACAGAGCGACUGUCAGAACAGUUCAACCCACGCAAUGCUAGGAUGGAGGCAUACAACAAGCUGUUGGCUCUCAGACUCACAAGUGAUGCUCCUGGUGCUGCCACACGUCAUGUAGAGCGGUUCAGAGACUUGGAGGGACAGGUCAACCUAGAUGACAACGAGCUAGUGAUUGAUCUCUUCAGAGGUAGUCUCACUCGUAGCAUACAGGAGAAGUUCGAGAGGAAUCCACCUGGGAAGAGAUGGGAGUGGUAUCGAGAGGUCGAGGAGAUCGAUCGACAGAGGAUGCUACUACAGCAGUCCUCGGCUAGACACUCACUCCCAAACGCCACAUCACCUCCACUAAGAACUGGGUCUCGGCCAAAUCAAAGUUCAAUCCCCAUCCGACAACCCACUCAACCUUAUCCAGCUCGAUCACCAUCACAAGCAACUACACAAGCAACUAUACAAAACCUAAACCAACCCCUUCCUCAUCAUCCCACCCAACCCUCGAAGCAAGGAAGCCCUGCUCCAUCAGGUAUCAACACCUGUCAUGUAUGCAAGGGUAUUGGCCAUUGGGCCAGAGACUGCCCCAGCAGGAGGGUAGACCCUCUUAGCUCUCGACCCAUGGGACCAAAGGUUAUGGUCACCACAGCAGACCCCUUUGAGGAGGCCACCGACUCAGGAGAUGGCCACACAGGCAGUACUGAGACAGGUGACCCUGAGGCCAUGGACCUCAGCUCAUACCAGCAACCCAUGGACCUCAACCACGAGGAGGAGGAGCAUGAUGAUGAUGACAAUGAGGGAAAUAUUGUCAAGUAUGUUUCUCUACCAGUGGAGGCAAAGCAGUACUGGAGCUAUCUGGAAUGGUUCAAGACCAUCCUGCUCGGAUACUAG